AUGAGGAAAGGCCUGUUUGCGCCCUUGAACCCAGGAAGCCCAGGAGCCGGACUCGGCCCCGCGGCCCCCGCGGACCUCAGUGGGAACAUCCACGUCCUUCUGCAGGAGCAACCCGACGCUGCGCGCGCCAGAGACGCCCACGACUUCUACGAGGCUCCGCGCGCCCUCGUGGAGCUUCGGUUGGGCCCCGGCGGGAGCGCGCUGCGCCACCUGCAGCCGGACAGGUGCGCCCUGGAGCGCGCGCAGCGGCGGCGGCGCCUGGCCGCCAACGCCCGGGAGAGGAGGAGGAUGCUGGGACUGAACGUGGCCUUCGACCGGCUGCGGAGCGUCAUCCCGAACCUGCAGAGCCAGAAGAAACUGUCCAAGUCUGAGACGCUGCAGAUGGCGCAGAUCUACAUCAGCACCCUGAGCGAGCUGCUGCAGGACGGAGCCGCAGAGCCGGGACCUGACGGGGAGGCCCGGAGCGCAGAGAGGAGCAGAUAAC